GAGACGACAGGCAUUUUGACUAUGAUGAAAAUAGUGAAUUUGGGCCAGAACACUGGGGAGAUCUGUAUCCAGAUUGGGCAACUUGUAAAGAUGGAAACAAUCAAUCACCAAUAGAUAUAAAUCAUAAGGAUAUUGAAGAGAAUUCAAGUAUUGGAAGCUUGAUGACACGCUAUGACAGCUCCUAUGCAAUUAUGCAAAAUAGGGGCCACGACAUCAUGAUUAACUGGACAGAAGGCACGGGACCUGGUGCAGGAUUUCUUUUGAUUGAUGGUAAGACCUACGUUCUUCAACAAUGUCAUUGGCACUCACCCUCUGAGCAUAAAUUUUUUGGUGAGAGGUAUCCACUGGAGUUGCAUAUGGUUCACGUCAGUUCAGAUGGAAGCAUUGCUGUCAUCGGCAUCAUGUACCAAUUUGGCUGCCCCGAUCCCUUCCUUUCAGAGCUGAAGAAGUACUUGGAGUAUCUGAUAAUGACGCAAAAUGAUGAGGUUGUUGUGGGGUAUUUAUCUCCACCACCAAUAAAGAAAGGAGCUUCUUAUUACAGAUAUUCUGGCUCUCUAACCACUCCACCCUGCACUGAGAAUGUUACUUGGAUCCUAUUACAUGAGGUGAGGACCGUAUCAGAAGGACAAUUACGCUUGCUAAGGACUGCUGUGCACGAUAAGGACAAUGCAAGACCAAUUCAACCAAUCAAU